AAAACCCUAAAAGGGUUAUUGUAAGAAACAAUCGCCGCUUGAUUUGAUCUCAGCCGUCUACUCUUUCUCUAUAUAUCUUUAUACUUAUUUUACUCUCUUCAUUGAUCUCAGCUUCCAACUAAAAAAAAAAGAGAAAGCUUUCUUCUUUCUCCAUGCUAUACUGCUUUGUUUUUAGCUCUAUUUUUACUUUUGUUCCUGUUUUUUUUUAACUAGGAAAUGAUGGUUUUCUCAUAUAGUUAUUGUUGGCUGAUUUGUCAUAUCCAAAUUUGAGGAAUAUAGAAAAUUUGGGUACUUUGUUAUUCUUGUUUUCUUAGUUUGAUUAUUGGGGAGGUAGGGUUUUAUGCUGUUUUGAGGUUAUAGAGAUUAAAGUUUUUGAUCUUUGACACAUUUGGUAGCUUAAAGUGAGAAUCUUUAGCUUGUAAAUACUGAUUUUAGGGUAUUGGUGUAUGAAAAAAUGGGCCUUUCGUGUUUAGAGGCUGAUAAUUGAUUUGGGGAGCUUUGAUCAGAGGUUAAUGACCAUUUAGGGUUUUUUGAAGAAUGUUAUCUGAACUGGAUAGGAGACCAAUGAUAGGAAAUAGUGAAGGGUCAUUUGGGGAUGAUUUGGAAAACGAGAUAGGAUUAUUACUCCGUGAACAGCAUAGUAGGCAAGAGGCUGAUGAACUUGAACUCGAGCUAAACUUGUAUAGAAGUGGCUCUGCACCUCCUACCGUUGAGGGUUCACUGAGUGCGGUUGGCGGUUUGUUUGGGGGUGAAGCUGGUGGUGGUUUCGCCGCUACAUCCUUUUCAGCUUUUGCUGGAGCUAAAAAUGGAAAUGGGUUUGCAUCUGAGGAAGAACUCAGGUCUGAUCCAGCUUACCAUUCAUACUACUACUCAAAUGUGAAUCUUAACCCAAGGCUCCCACCUCCUUUGCUUUCCAAAGAGGAUUGGAAGUUUGCCCAGAGGUUGAAGGGAGAGAAUUUGGCUAUAGGUGGGAUUGGAGAGAGGAGGAAAGUGAAUAGGGCUGAUAAUGGUAGCGGUAGCUCGUUGUUUUCGAUGCCACCAGGGUUUGAUUCCAGGAAACAAGAGAAUGAAGUAGAUGCUGAGAAAAUGCAUAGCUCUGCAGACUGGGGUGGCGAUGGACUGAUUGGUUUGUCCGGUAUAGGACUUGGAAGUAAACAGAAAAGCUUCGCCGAGAUCUUUCAGGAUGAUUUGGGACACAGUGCUCCAGGCAUGAGGAUACCGUCUCGUCCUGCCAGUUGUAAUGCUUUUGACGAGAACUUUGAAAAUGUAGGUUCUGCUGAAUCUGAGCUGGCUUAUUUGCAUCGUCAACUGACUUCUGCAGAUCCUUUAAGGUCAAGUGGAAGUGGCCAGGGAUCGUCUGCUGUCCAUAACAUUGGGCCGAUCUCUUCAUACACUUAUGCUGCUGCUGUAGGCUCUUCGAUAUCUAGGAGUACUACUCCUGAUCCCCAAGUUGUAGCUAGGGCUCCUAGUCCCUGUCCGACACCAAUUGGAGGAGGCAGAGUUGGCAACUCUGACAAAAGAAACAUAAAUAGUCCAAGCACAUUUGGUGGUGUCUCAACUGGUGUCAAUGGGUCUGAUGAUCUUGUGUCUGCUUUAUCAGGCAUGAACCUUUCAUCAAAUGGUGUCAUAGAUGAAGAUAAUCAGUUAGCAUCACAUUUGGAACAAGAUGUUGAAAAUCACCAGAAUUAUCUAUUUGGUUUGCAAGAUGGUCAGAAUCAUAUCAAACAGCAGGCAUACGUGAAGAAAUCAGCAUCUGGUCAUUUACAUAUGCCUUCAUCUAAGAGUAAUGGGAGUGGAUCCGUACUCCAGAAAUCUGCUGUUCCCUCAAACAAUUCUCACUUUAAAGGAUCACCUACUUCUGCUCUCAAUGGCAGUGGCAGCUUACCUUCUCAGUAUCAUCACAUUGAUGGUGCAAAUGCAUCAUUUACAAAUUAUGGGUUAAGUGGUUACUCUUUAAAUCCUGCUUUGGCCAAUAUGAUGCCUAGCCAACUUGUAGCUGGCAAUCUGCCGCCAUUGUAUGAAAAUGUUGCUGCCGCAUCAGCUAUGGCUGGCCCUGGAAUGAACUCCAGAGUGCUUGGGGGAGCUUUCGGUUCUGGACAAAACAUUUCAAAUGCUGCAUCCGAGUCCCAUAAUCUGGGUAGAGCUGGAAACCCAAUAGCCAGGAAUGCUCUGAAUACACCUUUAAUUGAUCCUUUGCAUCUUCAGUAUCUAAGGACAUUUGAUUAUGCUGCAGCACAGCAAGCAGCUCUUAAUGACCCCGCCAUGGAUAGGAAUUUCCUUGGUAAUUCAUACAUGAACUUGCUUGAGCUUCAAAAAGCUUAUCUUGGAGCUCUACUGUCACCCCAGAAAUCCCAGUAUGGUGUUCCAUUGGGUUCUAAAUGUGGUAGUUCUAAUUUCCAUGGUUUUUAUGGAAAUACGACCUUUGGAGCUGGCAUGUCUUAUCCUACAAUCCCAUUAGCAAGUGCUGUUAUUCCCAAUUCCCCGGUUGGACCUGGUAGUCCUAUCAGACAGACUGAUCUGAAUAUGUGUUUUCCUUCCGGGAUGAGGAACCUAGCUGGGGGUGUCAUGGGACCCUGGCAUUUGGAUUCAGGAUGUAAUAUUGAUGAAAGCUUUGCCUCCUCCCUACUUGAAGAGUUCAAGAGCAAUAAAAUGAAAUGUUUUGAACUUUCAGAGCUCGCUGGUCAUGUUGUUGAGUUCAGCGCAGAUCAAUAUGGAAGCCGCUUUAUACAGCAAAAACUUGAAACAGCCACAACUGAAGAGAAAACUAUGGUUUAUGAGGAAAUCAUGCCUCAAGCUCUUGCUUUGAUGACUGACGUGUUCGGUAAUUAUGUCAUUCAGAAGUUUUUUGAGCAUGGACUUCCAAGUCAGAGAAGAGAACUUGCUGGCAAGCUUUUUGGUCAUGUUUUAACACUUGGUCUUCAAAUGUAUGGGUGUCGGGUGACCCAGAAGGCCAUAGAAGUUGUUGAUCUGGAUCAGAAGAUUAAAAUGGUUCAAGAGCUUGAUGGUAAUGUGAUGCGUUGUGUACGUGAUCAGAAUGGCAACCAUGUCAUCCAAAAAUGUAUCGAAUGUGUUCCUGAGGAGAACAUUCAAUUUAUAGUUACAACGUUUUUUGAUCAAGUUGUGACCCUUUCUGCUCAUCCAUAUGGGUGCCGGGUGAUACAGAGAAUACUGGAGCACUGCAAGGACCCAAAAACGCAGAGUAAGGUUAUGGAUGAGAUUUUAGGAUCUGUUAGCAUGUUGGCUCAAGACCAGUAUGGGAAUUAUGUUGUUCAGCAUGUACUGGAGCACGGAAAACCUCAUGAGCGCUCAAUUAUAAUCAAGGAACUAGCUGGAAAGAUUGUCCAGAUGAGUCAGCAGAAGUUUGCCUCUAAUGUUGUUGAGAAGUGCUUAACUUUUGGUGGUCCUUCUGAACGUCAACUAUUGGUGAAUGAAAUGCUUGGUUCUACUGAUGAGAAUGAGCCUCUUCAGGCAAUGAUGAAAGAUCAAUUUGCAAACUACGUUGUACAGAAAGUACUGGAGACUUGUGAUGACCAGCAACGUGAGCUGAUCCUCUCUCGAAUUAAGGUCCAUUUAAAUGCAUUGAAGAAGUACACUUAUGGGAAACAUAUUGUUGCACGCAUAGAGAAACUUGUUGCUGCUGGGGAAAGGAGAAUUGCUGCUCAGUCUUCCCACCCUGCUGCUUAGUUGGUGUAGGAAAUAAUAUGUUUGUACAGCUAACAGAAGCUAUUAUGAGAGCUUCCUCUAUCUCUAGAGCUAUGUUUCUACCUAUCUUUUUAGGCAGGUAAGAUCUGUAUGGAAAUAAGUUGUUGCUUGACUGGAAGAACUGCACAUUUUGUAGCUUAAGAUGUAUACAUAGAAUCGAGCAAACCCGAGGUUUCAGUUGUUGAAUAUGACUGAUGACCCCAUGCAGAGGAGACAAAUGAUUAUAGGCGUUGUUACGGUGUAAAAAAUUUAAAUGGCGAGUUAGUUUUAUAUGGUAACCGCGACUGUACAAAAUGUUGGCUUGUGGAGAGCUGUUGAUGUUUAGGUGAGGCCAAGGUUUUUACCUGUUCGAUGUAUGCUUAAUGACAUUUUUACUUCUUUCCCUC